CUGAUACACGUCACUGAGUGCUGUGAACGCUGAAUUAAUCACUGCUACUACAAGGUGAAGCUAAAAUGGCGCCUGUAGUUUUUUCCGUUCUAUAUUGAAUGGAACGAAUGGGACUUGGAAGAACAAAAACUACACUUCCCAUAAUUCCCCCUGUCACGCCACGAAAGAGCUGAAGGAUAGCUGCACUCAAGAAGCACCGAUGUAAGAUACUCUCAGUUGCAGGAGGAGAAGAUAAAAUGAGACGGAGGAGGGUGAAACCACUUGAUGAAGCAGUUCAGCAUGUCACCAGUGCAACUGACAAGACUGAUGUAUUGGAGAGUAAAUUAGUAAACCCUUAUAAAGGUCGUGGUGUAUUUGCCCUGGCUUCUUUGAAUAAAGGAGAUUUUGUGGUCGAAUACAGAGGGGAACUGAUAGACUUCCUUGAAUCAGAGAGAAGGAGGAAGGUCUCCCGAAUUACUGUAUUUAUGUUUGACUUCUUUUGGCAGAAUAAACAGUGGUGCGUUGAUGCAACAAGAGAGGAUGACACCCUUGGCCGACUAGUGAACGAUGAGCACAAGGACCCCAACUGUAAAAUGAAAAAGAUCAUUGUCCAGGGAAAACCACAUCUCUGCCUUUUUGCAAUUAGAGAUAUAAUGCCUGGAGAGGAAAUAACCUACGACUAUGGAGGAAGUGACUGGCCUUGGAGGAGAAAGUCUGCAUGUAAGGAUACUGCUAACAUGAAGGACAAUGUUGAACCAAGCCGCUCAGCUUCAGGUCCUGUGACCAAUGCUGGAGCUUCCACUUCUGACCUAAAGCCUGCAUGUAAGGACUCUGCUAACAUGAUGGACGUGGUUGAACCAAGCCGCUCAGCUUCAAGUCCUGUGACCAACACUGGAACUUCUUCUGGCUUAAAGCCUGCAUGUGAGGACACUACUAACAUGAUGGACGAGGUUGAACCAUGCCACUCAGCUUCAAGUCCUCUGACCAACGCUGGAGCUUCCUCUUCUGACUUAAAGCCUGCAUGUAAGGACUCUGCUAACAUGAUGGACGUGGUUGAACCAAGCCGCUCAGCUUCAAGUCCUGUGACCAACACUGGAACUUCUUCUGGCUUAAAGGAUAGAAAUGUUUGA